CAGCGUCCUUGACAGGCAUGUUUUGAUCACAGUUAGAGUGUCAGACAUGCUCAGCAGAUGUAAAUUUACUGACUCGAAAAUUGAAAGUUUUUGAGCGCGGAGGAUGGAAAGACGAGAGUUCGUCGCGUCCCUGGUGGCAGGAGGCUGUGCAGGGAUGUGUGUAGAUCUGACCCUCUUCCCCCUGGACACCAUUAAGACAAGACUGCAGAGUCAGCAAGGCUUCUACAAGGCAGGGGGCUUCAGGGGCAUAUACGCUGGAGUCCCAUCUGCUGCUGUCGGCUCCUUCCCCAAUGCUGCUGCUUUCUUUGUCACCUACGACUGCACAAAGUCCCUGCUCGGCGCUGGCGGAGCGCUAGCGUCACCACACGUGGCACCUGUCAGUCACAUGCUGGCUGCCUCCCUAGGGGAAAUAGUGGCAUGUCUGAUCCGGGUGCCAACCGAGGUGGUCAAACAGAGGACCCAGGCUUCACCCUCAUUCUCCACCUAUCACAUGCUGCUGUCUACACUCAGAGAAGAGGGUGUCCGAGGCUUGUACAGAGGAUACGGGAGUACAGUUCUCAGAGAGAUCCCGUUUUCGCUGGUGCAGUUUCCACUUUGGGAAUAUUUAAAGACUCUGUGGUCACGGAGGCAAGGUCACACGCUCUACUCUUGGCAGGCUGCAGUGUGCGGAGCUUUUGCAGGUGCGGUGGCAGCAUUUGUUACCACUCCCCUUGACGUGGCGAAGACCAGGAUCAUGCUCGCAAAGGCCGGGUCGACCACAGCGAGGGGCAAAAUCCCGCUGGUGCUGUACGAGGUGUGGAAGAGCCGAGGCCUCACAGGCCUGUUUGCGGGCAGCAUACCGAGGGUGGCCUUCAUCAGCGUGGGUGGUUUCAUCUUCCUCGGAGCCUACGAGAAGGUCCGCCGCACCGCUCUCACAGCAUGUCCUCUGUAACUGUCCUCUGCGACAGUCCUGAGCCCGGGCCUGGUGGAGGAACGGCAGGAAAAGCGUCUCUGGAAGUAGCGCCCUCUUCCCCGGAGGCCCCCCAGCACCUCGGGACGCCCGCUGCUCGGCAGGUCUGAUUGCAUCACCCAGAGUGCUGCAUUCCUGCUCACCGGUGCCCUGCGGAUGGAGUUUAACAGCCUCAGCUCACACUUGUGGAACAGCACCAGCGGUUUGGUGAAAUGAAGCCACACCGUGUCACACAAGACCAGCAAUGAGGCAUCGUUACUGUUUAGUGGGCGGGUGCGCGUGUGAAUCAGUUAGUUUUUGUCUCUUUUUAUGCUCUGUGUGAGGUUUGGUGAUUCCUCUACUUUGCACAGUUUCAGGAUCAUUUUAGUGUUUCAUCCACAUUUCUCUCUGUAAGCGGGACCACCUGUGUGAAGACCUGCCGGGGAGAGACACAGUAAUAUCUCAGCAUUGUUACAUUCCUGCUGGAGCACAGCUGAGCUCAUCCACCUGCAAGAGCUUUAAAUUUAUACUUAAGAUGCCUUCAACAAUAGAACCCUGUGUUAAAUUAACACGCCACUUUUGGGGAUUUAUCUCCCAUGUGUUAAUAGUGGAAUAUUUAUAGGUGAUAAAUAAAUCUCUGGACUGGACUCUACGUGACAUAAACAUGAUUUCUGUAUGUUUUGAAGUUGACUUACUUUGUAUUUGGAGCUGCUGUUGUAAAGAUUCAUUAAGGUGUACGUCCAUCAUCUCAAC